AUGGGUGGUUUUGGCUAUGCAAAUUCCAUUGAAGGAGACGUUUACAUCCAGCGGCUAGCAAGUUAUAUCAAGAAAAAUGAAGAAGCCUUGGCUAAUGGAUUACUAUGCUUUAGCAAGAACAAGACAACGGUGAAUAAAAUCAAGCCCAUACGAUUAACAUUCACUAUUCACCACUUGUAUUAUUUAACAGAACGCAUAGACCAAUCCACCUUGGGCGUCGAUGUUGGUCCUUUGAAUGUCAAGCUAGAUAAUCCAAAUCACGAACCCACGUUCGUUUCAUUUAUGGCCAACAAUGCUAGGUCAUCACGACAUUUUGAUAGUGAUGCGCGGUCAAUAACAUCCAUGAAUUCCAUGAAAUCAAUAGUAUCGAGUGCCUCAGUUUAUUGGAGAUCGUUUUCAUUAAGUAAUGAUCCAAAAGUGAUUAAAAAAGAUAUCAAAUAUUUGUACUCGUCUUUUACCAAAAUCCCAUGUUUGAUUCUUACACCCAAGACCAAGAUCAAUAGCAUUAGCUCAUAUGAGGAGUACCCAUGUGACACUUCGGUUCCAAUCAAGAUGUUUAAAAACUUACAAGUUUUGGAAAUGAGUGAAUAUGAACCAAAUGAGAUUUUUGGGUGGAACUUUUUGAGCGACCAAUUGAGAAUCUUAAUCAUAAGGAAAAGUAAGAUAACUGAUAUGGCGGAAUUGUUGUUUCAUUUAGUUAUUGAAGAUGCAAACGGGAGGUCGAGUUUCAACGCGACAAAGCAAAAAUCAAUUCAACUUGAUCCACCGUUUGAGUUGAAGCUGUCUAUUGAUGAGCCGAAUACUACAUUCAAGUACAAGAGAGAUCGCGGGUAUACCAAUGCAUCCAAUGGAGCAGGCUCUAUUGGUGGUGCCGGACACGGGCAUUCAGAGAACUUGCAUGAUCACAAAUGGUCAGUGUUGAAACAAUUAACUAUUCUGGAAACUUCCAUUGCCCACAUACCCAGAGACACAUUCAAGCCUUUGGUGAAUUUGGUCAAGUUGAAUUUGUCGAAUAAUUUAUUAGAGAAAUUGCCCGAAGGGUUGGAUCAACUAGUCAAUGUCAAGUAUUUAAACUUUGCUGAUAACUUCAUAACCAGUCUAAAGAGUCUACCACCUAAUCUUGAAAAUUUACUUACAUUAAACUUGAACAAUAAUAAGUUGGCUAAUUUGGACGGAUUGGAGAAUUUAAUAUCAUUGGAGAAAAUCGAUUUGCGAAGAAAUAAACUUUCGGAGGUGAAAGUUUUAAAACCUUUGGUUCAGUUGGUUGAGAAUAAUAGGCUUGAUAACAUGUAUCUAUCGCAUAACCCUUUGCCUAAAAACUAUCGAGUUGAUCUAUUCAACUUAUUCAGCGGUGUCAAGUAUAAAAACACGGUCAAGAUUGAUGAUUCAAGGCCAGGUUACUUUGAAAAGGCAAUGAUGUUGGAUCAGGAAGGUGCAACUAAAAAUUUAGCACAUUUUAUGGACCAUCACAGCUUUGAGCAUCAACACACCCGCCAAAACUCUGCUCAAUUACAGGAAUCAAUUAUUUCUUCCAAGACUAUUGCUACAACCGAGACAACUGGGACUGACACGAUUGCAACAACUGGCACUUUAACACCAUCUAGUGUAGUGUCAAAACAGGAUGAGAUUGUCAACAAAAUUCGAAAUCUUCAUUUGGAUACUUCCAAUAAACAGCGAAGUCCCCAGCAACAGGCCGUUGGUCCAGCAAAAGUAAAGAGAUACGAUUUGUCCCACACUAUUUUGUCGACCUCCAUAUCCCUACUUUCCCAGCCAAGCUCCCCUUUGCAUACAAACUCAAAUUUAACAAACAAACUUGAUUCUCCAAACCUGAUGAAAAUGACCCACUUGAACUCCUCAAGCUCUUCCGUACCUUCAACGCCUUCAAUGAAUAGAUCGAAUACAUUGGUGGAUAUUGAAAAUCAUAACCCUGCACCCAGUAUUGUCACACCUGUGCAGGUCACCGCUAGAAUGAGUACCUAA